UGUUAUUUAACCCAACAUCCAAGCAAAGAUAGAUGGAUAGAAAUCCCAACCCUGUAGCCGGUGUAGCAAUCUUCACACCGUUUUCUGUUUGUUUGGACGCCCCUCACCCACAAUACUUUUCUCUUCCUCCUCCGCCAUGAAGAGCCCCAGAGAGAUUAACUAAUGAAGACCCCAAUGUAAGAGCCACUCAAGCAAAUGUGAAUAGCCCCAGUUGUGAAACUUUCAAGAGGAAUUAUUGUGGAAGCCUCCAAGUCUAGUCAGUGAGAAUAAAAAAUGGUGAGAAAGAGAAUGGCUUCUGAAAUGGAAGUUCACAACUCCGCCGGCGAUUAUCAUCUCCGGUUUCCCCGUCCAAGCGUUGUGGCUUCCUCUCUAUUAUCCACCGUAGAUAAAGCAGCUUCAAGCAAUAACAGUAAGUAUAGCUAUCAUUGUAAAUCUGGCUCACGAGAUAACGUUCCUAUUCCUAACCCCACAACAGUGACGCUUUCCAACUACUCCACUACCACUCUUCUACCUUCUUCUUCCACCAAUCUCACCGUCAUGACGUCACCUAACUACAGCAAUCGUCAUUGCGGUGAAAACCUCUCUCUUCAUCCCCAUCUUCAAGCCCUUCAACCUCAGACUCAUCAGGACCCUUCGCCUGCUCCUGCCGUGUGUGGUUUCUCCGGCUUGCCUCUAUUUCCUUCUGAAAAUAAUCGGGUUGAUAGUACCAGUACUACUACGACGGCUGUCGACGGUGUUGCUUCGGUGGCUACAAACGCCGACGCCGGCCGACCUUCUUCUUCCUCUUCUAUGGAAGAUAGUUCAGCUAUGGCUUGGAUCGACGGCAUCUUGAAGGAUCUCAUCCAUGGCUCCACCGCCGUCUCCAUCCCCCAGCUCAUCAACAACGUUAGGGAGAUUAUCUAUCCUUGUAACCCCAACCUUGCUGUCAUUCUUGAAUACAGACUCCGCCUCCUCACGUCCACUAAUACUUCUGAAUCUGUUCUAAACUAUGGUGACAAGAAAAGGACGGAAGCGCCGCCACCUCCGAUGGUGCCGGUGGCCGUGGGUUUAAACCAGAGGUCUUUUGGUCAGCAAGUAGGCCCGUCCUUUGCCGCCAUAGCUUCCAACUUACAUAUUCCAAAUUCUUCAACUGUUGUGGUUCCUCCAUCUUUGGGGAAUCAGAUGUACUCAAAUUGGGGACUACCUACGGUCACAGCCUUAGUCCACGAGGGGGCCAACCCAUCGGUGAUUACGUUACCACUAUCUCCACUGUCAUCGUCAAAUCAUCAAGGUCAUUCGCCGCAGGAGGAGCAACAAAUUCAUGAGAAACAAGAGAAUCAGAACCAGAAACAAGAAGAUGGAGUUUCUUCCCCUUGUGAUAAUCGAUCAGCAACAACGACGGCGACGGCGGCCUCAUCAGCUACAGAAAUCUUGCUAGCAAAAAAGAGGAAAGAGGAGUUGCAGCAACAGAAGAGAGACGAAGAAGGUUUGCACCUGUUAACUUUGUUGCUUCAAUGUGCUGAGGCUGUGGCAGGUGAUAACUUCGAUGAAGCCAAUAAGAUGUUGCUUGAGAUUUCACAACUCUCCACACCAUUCGGUACGUCGGCGCAGCGGGUUGCGGCUUAUUUCUCAGAAGCCAUUUCGGCUAGGCUGAUUAACUCAUGCUUGGGAAUGUACGCUACUCUUCCAAUGGUGCCUCAUAGCCAAAAGAUGGUAUCAGCAUUCCAAGUGUUCAAUGGGAUCAGUCCUUUCGUCAAGUUCUCACAUUUCACAGCGAACCAAGCGAUCCAAGAAGCGUUCGAGAGAGAGGGGAGGGUCCAUAUCAUAGAUCUAGACAUAAUGCAGGGAUUACAAUGGCCUGGGCUGUUUCACAUUCUGGCUUCGAGAGCUGGUGGACCCCCUUACGUUAGACUCACGGGGCUUGGCACCUCCAUGGAAGCUCUUGAAGCUACGGGCAAGCGAUUGUCGGAUUUUGCAAAUAAAUUGGGACUUCCUUUUGAGUUCUUUCCUGUGGCUGACAAGGUUGGGAAUCUUGACCCUGAGAGGUUAGGUGUUAGCAAGGCAGAAGCUGUGGCCGUCCACUGGCUCCAACAUUCCCUUUAUGAUGUCACUGGCUCCGAUACUAAUACGCUGUGGCUUUUGCAGAGGUUGGCACCCAAAGUGGUGACGGUGGUGGAGCAGGACCUGAGCCACGCGGGGUCAUUCUUGGGGAGGUUUGUGGAAGCCAUACACUAUUACUCAGCACUAUUCGAUUCGCUGGGAUCAAGCUAUGGAGAGGAGAGUGAGGAGAGACACGUGGUGGAACAGCAGCUUCUGUCGAGGGAGAUCCGUAACGUGCUGGCCGUCGGAGGUCCGUCGAGGACCGGCGAGCUUAAGUUCUAUAACUGGAGGGAGAAGCUUCAGCAAUGUGGGUUCAGAGGCAUCUCCCUCGCCGGUAACGCCGCCACGCAAGCCAGCCUACUUCUCGGCAUGUUUCCUUCUGAUGGGUAUACCCUGGUGGAGGACAAUGGCACACUUAAACUUGGUUGGAAAGAUCUCUGCUUGCUCACUGCUUCUGCUUGGAGACCUUCCUUCCACAAUAAUACUACCACCGCCAUCGUCCACCAUGGGUGAUUCUUGGCGUUUGAAUUCUCCCCCUCUCUCUCUCAAGUUUGACUUCUUGAAGAUUGGUCAUAAUUUCACAUUGUCAUUGCAUGAUGAUUCCGCAACUGAACCUUAUGGAUACUUCUUAUUUUCAUUUUCUUCGCUGGUUAAGCAGUCAAACUUGACUAAUUUUGCUUUGAACAUGUUUUUUCCAGUUCGUAUUAAAUAUACAUCUUCAUCUUUACCAA